GCUAUAAUAAGAUCAAAAACUUCCAAUCAGUAUGGUGAAAAAUAGUCACUGAUCCAUAAUGCAGUUCAUUUGCUGGAUUUUGUCGGAGUUCAAAUGGAAGUUUUAAUCUAUCUUUUGAUAGAACGUAUCAUCAUCUAUCUUCAAUAGAUCCUCAAAGAUGCGCCAUUGAACCCUUGUCGAGAUUUUUUAUUUUUAUAACAUUUUUUAGUAAACCGUCAUGGUCUCCCUCAAGCUCACUGAAAAAUCGACUUUCGAAUUUCGACUUGAAACUUUGAGCAGAGAAAGGUCUCAAUAAGACUGGUUUAUUCUGAAAUUCUCAAAUUUAUUGGUUGCUCCUAUCUUUAAAUAUGAACACUUAACAUUUUGUGCUUUAAGUAAUGUGAAAAAAAAGUACUUUUUCUUACACUCGUAUCUCAAUAGAGAAGGAACCUAAAAAUCUGAAACCAUCAGAACAAACUAGUCUGAUUGAGACCCUUCUCUGCACAAACUUUCAAAUCGAAAUUUGAAAGUUGAUCUUCCAAGUAAAUCUGACGAAGACCACGGUGUUCUGCUGAAAAUUGCUGUAAAAAUAAAAUAUCUUGAUAGAAAUAAGCAAGAAGCACAAGUCUUUUUAGAGUGUUCGUAGCUCAUUAGAGCCUACAUAAUGCACAUAGUCUCGACCCAAUAGCGAUUUGCUACCUGGCAAUUGCUUCUGAUCCCUUUUUUCUGUCCAACGUGACCCACACCCUCCAGAUAGCUGCGACCCAUCUCCUCAAUUAUUUCUAUCCUAUCUGAUAUAAUGAUCGACAAAAAAAAUUAAGAAAUAACUGUUUCUAAUUUUUAUAAAGGGCUUUUGCAGGGAAAUCGAAAAUAUUUCGGCAUUCCAUGGGACUUCAAGGGUUCCAUGAGGUUACAAGGGACUGCAAAGAGUUGAAAUCUGCCGUUUUCCCUUUGGGGUGUUGGUGUGGAUGUCGAAGAAGAAAAGAAAAUAAACCAAAGCCAACACCCACCCACAUCCACACCCGUUUCGUCAACGAAGACAUUGAUAGAAGAAAAAAGUUACUUAGGAUAAUAAAAAAAAGUUUUUUACAGAGCCUCACCUGAUUUGGAAACGUUCCGCCGCCCCUGAAUCUAACACAAGGGUUUCGUUAGAUUUUUAUGGUUUCUUUAGGACAGAGUUGUCAGUAUUUCUUAUUUGUUCAAGUGAGAAAAACUGAAAGUUGUGGAGAAAGUAUUUUCUCCCUUGAAGUACUAGAAGUAGUGUCGAGAACAAGAAUGAAAUCCACAGUAUGCGAAUCUUUCUAUAACAGAUGAUAAGCCAACAUACCAUUUCUCUCUCAAUCCUUCUCAUCUAUAGAUAAUAUUAUAAAAAAAGAAAGAUGAUUAAUUAGUUAAGAUAAUUCGAACUAUUGUUUCGAAUUUAUAUAAGAAAUUGUUAAAACUUGAUUUCGUACUAAUUCGAGCCUCUUUGAGUUAGAGAUUUAUUAUACUUUGUUAGAUACACAUAAUGAAAUUCUAUUUUUCUUCUAUUUUUGUAGAUAGAGCUGAAAAUACUAACAGGAAAAAUCUUGUAGAAAUUGUUCUCAAAUAUGAAGAAUUAGCAGAAGCCGAAAUUCUGGUAACUAGUUGACUUGAGUUUAAAUUGACUUCAUUAACUCCUAUAAAAAACCUUAUUUCUUUAGUUAUUUACUACAUUCUCUAAUAUUAAACAGUAUAAAUUUAGAUCAUGUUAUAGUUACAGUGCUCUGUUCAAUAGAGUACUACACGGGUAUAACGUUUAGUAUCCAUAAUGUUGAUGAUAUCCUAUGCGCGAAAUACAACCAAAUGUUUUCUUCAAAAUACUUUAUGUUAGAUUGCAGUCUAAGAAUAAUGACUAAAAAUGAUUGUUUCAAUACGAAGUGAAUCAUGAAACAUUUGACUUAGAAUUAUGUUUUGUUGGAUAAUAUUACUUUUUAGGGAGGAAAUAAUCACUCAAAAUGAGGCUAUAAAGAUUUAUUGAUAUGUUUUAAUUGAUAGAUGUUAUCUUUAGUUGCAUAUAUUAGAUUGGAAUUAGUACCAAACAAAAUCAUAGUUGAAACAAAUAUUUUUCUAUGAAAGUUAAAAAGAUACAUUUUGAAAUUUAUUUCGAUGUUUUCAAUAAAAUCUGAUGAUCGAAUAAUAGAAUAAUCACUAAACGAAUAAUGAAUAAAACAUGUUUUUCUCUUUUUCUUUUAAAUUUAUUAAUGCAAAUAAUAAAUAAAUUUCAAUAUCUUUCAGAUAUUCUUCUUCUAUUCAAAAACAAAACAAAGUAUUUUAUGUAAGUUAUUUGACGAAUAUAACAAAUUAAAAGUAAAAAUAAUUUCAUGAUUUGAAUAUUUGUUUGUUAUAGAUACAAAAAAAAUGGCUGAUCAAGAAGCUGGUGGUUUAAGUGCUGCUGAAUUAAAAAAGAAACGAACAUUUCGUAAAUUUACAUUUCGUGGUGUUGAUCUUGAUCAAUUAUUAGAUAUGAAUAAUGAACAAUUAAUGCCAUUAUUACAUUGUCGUGCUCGACGACGUUUAUCACGUGGUCUUAAACGUAAACCAAUGGCUUUAAUAAAAUGUUUACGUAAAGCUAAAAAAGAAACACCUGAAUUAGAAAAACCACAAGCUAUUAAAACACAUUUACGUCAUAUGAUUAUUGUACCUGAAAUGGUUGGUUGUGUUGUUGGUGUUCAUCAAGGAAAAAACAUUUAA